AUGAAAUCAGAACGUCCGAUCAUCAAUUCUAAUCAUGAUUGUGACGUAUUCGCAGACAGGAGCCAAUGGGAGCGCGAGAUCAUCGCUGUGACAUUCAGAAAGGCCCAAAAACGGAGCAGAGUGGUCCCGCCCACCAUUGACUUUGUUCAGCGGGUUGCUGGAGGGGGAGGUGCGCAGCAGGGGGCGCUGUCCCGCGCAAUUAGGUCCGUGCACGACAUGCAGCGACGCCUGACAACUGAUGCUGAUGUCCUCUCACACAGAGAGCCAACUUCCACGGAGGGUGAACACAUCUGGCGAUUCGCCCCUUUUGAUGUGGCCACUUAUUCCGAGGGCGCCAUGACGCCGCUGAGUUAUCAAAUAUAUGUGACCGACGGCUCGUUUUAUGACGCCCGCAUCGAGUCCCGCGCCGUUCACCUCGGAGAGACCGUGACACCAUGGCUUUGGAGGGGACACGAACACGGGUUCAGAAGUGAGGAAGCGCAAAGCAAAAUGAAAGAAAGGGCCGAGGAGCCUAAGAUGGGGGAGGAAACGAGGGAGCGUGAAAGGGUGGGCAUGCCAGAGAAAGAGGAGAGGCAAUGGCAGAGCAGAGAGGGGAACGGGAGACGCCACGGGCAUCAUAUCAAAGCGCCCGCUCUAUCCGGACGCUCGGACAGAGGGGCCUGGGCUGGGGCCUUACACUCAGUGAAAGGAGACACGUCAGAAUGUUCUAAUUCGCUUCUGUCUCUUCUCUCUUCAGGUCUUGAUGACUGUCUCCAGCAGUACGUGAAGAGUUUUGAGCGGGAGCAGAUGGGCGGAGAACAGCUGCUGCACAUCACCCAUCAGGAGCUGGAGGAGCUCGGUGUCACCAGAAUAGGACAUCAGGAGCUAAUCCUGGAAGCUGUCGACCUCCUCUGUGCCCUGAACUAUGGCCUAGAGACAGAGAACCUCCGAACUCUGUCCCACAAGCUGAACGCGUCAGCGAAGAACCUCCAGAACUUCAUCUUGGGUCGGCGGAGGGGCGGUCACUACGAUGGGCGAGCAUCCCGGAGGCUGCCCAAUGACUUCCUCACGUCGGUAGUGGACUUGAUUGGUGCAGCCAAGAACCUGCUCGCCUGGCUUGACAGGUCUCCGUUUGCCAGUGUGACAGAGUAUUCGCUACUAAAGAACAACAUCGUGCAGCUCUGCCUCGAAUUGACCACCAUUGUACAACAGGACUGCACUGUGUAUGAGACAGAGAACAAGAUCCUUCACGUGUGUAAGACCUUAGCGGGGAUAUGCGACCACAUCAUCUCUCUUUCCUCGGACUCCCUGGUCUCUCAGUCGGCCCAUCUGGAGGUGGUCCACCUUACCAGCAUCAUGCCCAACGAGGGACUGGGGAUGUACAUCAAAUCAACAUAUGAUGGACUUCAUGUCAUCACUGGCACCACAGAGAAUUCUCCAGCGGACCAGUGUAAGAAGAUCCAUGCAGGGGAUGAAGUGAUCCAAGUCAACCACCAGACAGUGGUGGGAUGGCAGCUGAAGAACCUGGUGAAUGCUCUAAGAGAAGACCCCUGUGGAGUGAUCCUCACGCUAAAGAAAAGGCCUCAGAACACCCUGAGCUCCACACCGGCACUGCUCAGGAACGUCCGCUGGAAACCGCUGGGCCUGCAGCCGGUCCCCACCAGCCCCACCAGCACUUCCCCUACACCCAGUGGAACUCUGGGCAUGUCCAAAAUGGACGGCCCGAGCAUGCAGGACGUCUACAUCCUCUCUCCUGUCUCUGGACUCUAUAGCACCAGGUCAGACCCGCGCUCUGAGGUUUUGAUGAUGACCAUUAAGUUGAUUUCUGUGACGCUGCCGAUGACAGUGGCGACGGCCCUGAUGACAUCCACGAUGACAGCUCUGCUCUCCGCUCUCCGCAGGGAGGAGAUGGGUCUAAUGUCAUGUGACGACAUCAGCCGCUACAGUGUGAGCUCCCAGUCGGGCUCCAAAGGUUCAGAGGCGGUCAGCUACUACCUGGACCAGGACAGCGGUCAGUACUUCUCUCUGCUGGAGGGAGACGGGCCGCCGGGUCCUGACUAUGACAGGGGCCGCAACACGGGGGUGCGGCGGCGGGACAAGACCCCAACGCAUGGUGACCUCAGACCCGUUUCCAUGCCUCCCGAAUAUAACUGGAUGGCCGAGGCCAAGGAACCCAGCAUGGGCAAGAGGGGGAGCCGAGACUCAGACAACUCCCUGCUGCGAUAUCUUAGCGAUGACAAGAUCCUGGUGAUCGAGGAGGAGCCCGAGGGUCCGGGCAGGGAGAGCCGGCGCGAUUCCACCAGACGGUCUCGGCGCAAGAGCCGUAAUCCCAGCAGCCCCAGCUUUCCCAUCAGCCCUUCCAUGCUGUCCUCCACGCUGCGUCUUGAUCAGCCACCCGAACCUUUGCCUCGAGGUGCAGACACACUGAGGGCAGACACAACAGACAGGUACUCAGGCUCAGGGAGCUCAGGAGCUGCCUCCAUGAGAAAGUCUUUCCAUUACACCUCUCUAAGAACAAAAACCAAAAAGAGAAGUAAAGGUUCUCUCACCAGUGCCAGUCGAAGGAGAAUCUCCUGCAAAGACCUCGGCCAUGGUGACUGCGAGGGCUGGCUGUGGAAGAAGAAAGACGCUAAAGGCUACUUUACCCAAAAAUGGAGGAAGUACUGGUUUAUCCUCAAAGAGUCCUGUCUGUACUGGUACACCAACCAAAACGACGAGAAGGCUGAGGGCUUCAUCAGCCUCCCAGAGUUCAGAAUAGACAGAGCCAUAGAGUGCAGACGGAAAUUUGCCUUCAAAGCCUGCCAUCCCAAAAUCAAGAGUUUCUUCUUCGCCACAGACUGUCUUGAGGAAAUGAACAGGUGGAUGAACCGGCUGGGGCUCGCUGCUAUUGGCUAUACACCCGAUGACAAGGUGCCACGCCCCGAUGAAGACUACUGGAGCGAGAGCGAUCAAGAUGAUGUUGAUGGAUCAAUGACACUAAAACAGGAGGGACCCACAUCCCUCUGCGAUACUUACCACCGCACGCCAUCAGCUAACCUCCUGCAAAGUUAUGACCAGUUGCCCCGAUCGGCCAGUUCCGUGAGCCUGAUGCGCUCCACUCCGUCCCCUCUGCCCCCACCGAUGAGUGCCUCCACCUCCCCCAUUCCUCCACAGAUGGUGUCUUCCACAUCCCCUCUCAACCCACAGGUCAACUCUUCUAGCCCUUUCCCGGAGCCCAAGCACGGGCGCCACUUCUCCAGUGAGUCCACGCACUCCCACUCCUCCGCCGAGGACCAGCGCGGGGACGGCAUGGGCAUGGGCACGGGCACGGGCAGCACCAGCACCCACUCGUCGGGCUGCCGCUCCUCCCACCGCGAGCGCCGCUCCUGGCAGGACCUCAUCGAGACGCCGCUGACCAGCGCGGGGCUGCACUUCCUGCAGACGGCCCCGGGGGAGAGCGACUACGGCGGCGUGAUGGGGAGCAUGGCGGGGGAGAUGGGCUUCUACGGAGGCCUGGGCCGACAGGGCAUGUCCCCGGAGAGGCGCCGGCAGGCCACGCUGCCCGUGCGGAGGCACCACGCCGCCGAGAGGGACAGGGAGCGGGACGGGCCCUUCCCGCUGGAGCGCGGGCCGUACACGCACGGCCACACGCACCGGCGCUCCCACAAACAGCGGAGCCAGAGCCUGCCCAGGAACAGGGACCCGGUGCCGGGGAAGCUGCUGCACACCGCGGCCCACAUGGAGGAGAGGAGCGAAGACGAGGAGGCGGAGGGACAGGCAGCAGAGAUGCUCGAGGGUGAGGAAGACCUGCGGGAGUUGCGAGUGGAGAGCCGGGAGCGGAGGGUGUCCGAGGGCAGGGAGCGGCGGGUGUCGGAGGGCCGGGACCCGCUGGAGCGCGAGCCGGCGCUGGACGGGCUGGAACAGCUCUACCGAGCCCUGGAGCAGGCCAACGUCACGGCCCUGGGAGAGCCCAGACCCUGCAGCCGGCAGGAGCUCCGGCGCUGCUUCACCCACAGAGCCCGGGACCCCCUGCUCAACGACCGGCUGCACCGGGCCAAAGAGUCGGAGCUGGCGGUGAUCUGCGCCCUGCUGGAGGACCCCGGCCUGUGCUCCCAGAGCUUCAGGGAGUGGAAGCAGUGGCACAGCGAGCUCUACUCAGAAAUCUGCCAGCUCAGCACCAACGGCCAGGACGAGCUCUCCCCGCUGGCCGCGCCUCUCAUGACCCACACACACUCCUUCAUCGAGACGCACGUGUGAGGAAAAGGAUGGAUGACGCUCAAAAGACUGAACCCACACACGCCCACUUCCAGACACACACACACACACUCUCUCACACACAAACACACACACAGCUUUACACCGUUGCGCCUGAUCACAACUCUGGACACGCACACACACACACACACAC